UAAGCUAAUCUGCUUUGACAACAUGCAAGAACUUGAUUUUGGUGGUACUGUAAAAGCAUUGGAUUUGACAGAACGUGCGAUGAGAUUCGUUGGAACAUGGCCGCCAAAAAGUUUUCAGCCAAUUUCUGUUUUCUUUCUCAUUUAUCUAAUAAUUCAUUGUACUUUAGCUAUCAUCGAUAUUGCAGCAAACAUAACCAACACGGAAUAUAUUAUAUCCUGCUUAAUGGAGAAUGUAUUUAAUGUCGUUGCAUUUUUGAAGAUAUGCGUUUGCAAGAUAAAGAGAAAAUCAUUAGCUAAAUUUAUAGAUGACAUAAAGUCCGAUUUUACAUUGACUAAUUAUUAUUACGAAGAGGAAAAAAUGGCGUUUGUUAAUUAUAAUAAGUUCAGUCGAAAAUUUGUCAUUAUCCUAUUGAUCGUUGCUAUCGUAGCAGCAUCGAUGUAUUAUUUCUUCUCACUUGCUAUGAACGUAGAAAUAGUUUUGACAAACUCAUCAUACGGAUAUCGAUUACCAUACAGAGUUUGGUUAUUAAUCGAACCAACGAAUGUAGUAACCUAUGUAUGCCUUUGUUUUUAUCAAUUUUUAAUUAUACCUUCUAUCGUAUUUGGUUACGUUGGUACGGAUUGUCUUUUCGUUAGUUUGGUAAUUCACGUAAGUGGAUUAUUUUCUGCACUUUCAUACAAAGUUAAAUAUGUAUUGAACGAUACAUGCGAUCGUGAAAAACGUCUAAAACAACUGAUUAUUAGGCAUGUACGUUUAAUAAGAUUAUCAGAAUCAUUAGAGACGGAUUUCAAUUUUAUAAUUCUGUUACAACUUAUAGCAACUAUCUUACAAUUUUGUAUUGUUGGUUAUGAUGCACUCGUGAGAUCAGCUGACAGUGACGCGGCAAUGUUAUUGUCCUUUUUUUUUAUUGUCUCCUCUACGGCUUGUGGACUAUUGGUUUAUUGUUACAUAGGAGAAUGUCUUAUAAAAGAAAGCUCCAUCUUAGGCGACGCAUUGUAUUUAUGUGAGUGGUAUAACAUUUCAAAAGGGGAAAAGAAAUUAAUGCACAUUUGCAUGUUACGAUCGACUAAAGGAAUGCAUUUGACUGCAGGAAAAUUUUUUGUAUUAUCACUGACCACUUUCACUGACGUCCUGAAAACAUCGAUGGCAUAUUUUUCAGUCUUACGAACCUUUGUAUGAACAGAAAAUAAAAUGGCCGAAU